UAGCAGUGGGGUUGGUGGGUGGGAAUAUAUAAGAGCAGGCUGGGAGCUCUCGGGCUGAUCUCCGGCCCCAGUGUGACUGCAGCAGCCCAGAGGGAGUCCUGCAGCAAUGUGGCAAACAGUGGCCCUCCUCUGCGCCCUGGCAACCGUCGCCAGCUGCCGCAAUGUUCCCCUGUUCGCGCCUUUGUCCAAUGACAUGGUCAACUUCAUCAAUAAACUGAACACCACGUGGAAGGCUGGACAGAACUUUGCACCGUCAGACAUGGCUCACGUGAAGAGACUCUGUGGAACCAUACUUGGAGGAAGCCACAAAUUGCCAGUCAGGUACUCAUUUGCCGGGCAGAUGGCCCUUCCUGAUAACUUUGAUUCCCGGGAAGCUUGGCCAAACUGCCCCACCAUCAAGGAAAUUCGAGACCAGGGUUCUUGUGGCUCCUGCUGGGCAUUCGGGGCAGUGGAGGCAAUUUCAGAUCGUUCCUGCGUGCACACCAACGCCAAGGUGAAUGUGGAAGUAUCUGCAGAAGAUCUGCUCUCCUGCUGCGGACUGGAGUGUGGAAUGGGCUGUAAUGGUGGCUACCCCUCUGGUGCAUGGAGAUACUGGACAGAGAAGGGUCUGGUGUCCGGGGGCUUGUACGACUCGCACAUUGGCUGCAGGCCGUACUCUAUACCUCCCUGUGAGCAUCACGUGAAUGGUACCAGACCAUCCUGCAAGGGGGAGGAAGGAGACACUCCACGCUGCACGAAGAAGUGUGAGGACGGCUAUGGUCCAGACUACAACACCGACAAACACUUUGGAUCUGACUCGUACAGCGUCCCUAGCAGCCAGGCAGAGAUCCAGGCGGAGAUCUAUAAGAACGGCCCAGUAGAAGGAGCAUUCACUGUGUAUGAGGACUUCCCCACAUACAAAUCUGGUGUCUACCGCCAUGUCACUGGAGAGGAGAUCGGAGGUCAUGCUAUUAAAAUCCUGGGCUGGGGUGUGGAGAAUGGAACUCCAUACUGGCUGUGUGCCAACUCCUGGAACACUGACUGGGGUGCUAACGGCUUCUUCAAGAUUCUGCGUGGAGAGGACCAUUGUGGAAUAGAGUCUGAGAUCGUCGCAGGCAUUCCCAAAAAUUGAGAGGAGAUCACUAGAGCGGAAACCUUUAAUGCACAUUAUUUUAGCAGAAACAGAUUUUCUUUUUAAUCUUCAGUAAACAAUGCAAUAUUUGUUUGGACUUAACCAAAAACAAUCAAUUUUUUUUUUUUUUUUUUUGUCUCUGAAUUGGCACCAAACCAGUCUGUAGCAAUGACUUGGUCAUAUUACAGGUAUGAUGGACAAUGUGCGUGAAGGAUCUACCGUCGGCUGUUCUGCCAACAGUUGGAGAUUGGUGAAACCAGGAAGAGAUGGUUUGUCGGAAUGUUUGGAGUUUAUACUGAAAUAAGAAAUCUGGAAUCCUUAGAAAAUAUUCAGUGUGGUCUUAAUUUGCAUUUUGCACUAGUUUUAUCUCAUACUUCCCGUAUUUUCCUUCCCCCGACAUAUUACUGCAUCAGUGUCAUUUUAAUUUUGCCCUAAAUUCUGCCAGCAGAUGGAAUCAUUGUCUAUUGUAGGACAGCUGCCUGUGGUGUAAUGUGACUUCGCCUUUACAAAGAUUACUAUGUAAGCAGAUUGUAUGAUAGAUGUUGGGUUUUUAUCUGUACAGUGUAACACUUUUGUUUGCCAAUAAAAUGCCUCGUCUUCCUUUUUUUUACACCUCAA